AUGGACGAAGAGUUGGCCCUGGAACAACAGGUGCAGGAGAAGCGCUUGGAAGCGGGCCAGGCUGCUGAAAAUGUCGUAAAGACGGCAUUGGCAAAGCAGGAGGACAAGCAGCAGCCGAAAAGGACUGUGGAUGAAGUGUCCACAGAUGUGGGCGGUUUGACCGCCACGGAGCUUGAAAGCAGCAAGAAGCCCCGCUCAGAAGCUUCCGAGGGGGAUGUGGCUGCUCGACGCGCGGAGCUGGAACGCUUGGACCGGUUGGUUGCAGAGAAGAAAGCCGAGCUUCUCCUGCAGGACUUUGAGUCCAGGGCUCGCUCAGAGACUGAGCGCAAGGCUCGCGAGGCAGAGCUGAAGGCUCGCGAGGAGGCAGAGCUGCGGAAGGAGGCAGAGCUGCAGAAGGCUCGGGAGGCUCUGGAGGCAGAGCAGGCGGCUCUCGAGGCAGAGCUGAAGGCUCGUGCGGAGGCACGGCUUAAGGCCCAGGCAGAACGUGCUGCCCGGGAGGAAGCUGCCUUCCAGGCUCAGCUUGCGGAGCAGAGGUUGCACGCCAACGCGGAGUUGGAGGUGCUUCGCAAAAAGAAGGAGGCUGUGGAGCUAAACGAGCGGCAGAGGCGAAAGGAGGAGACGCUGCGGCUGCUAGAGGAACGAAAGGCCAAGGUACGGCAGCUGAAGCUUCAGCUGCAGGGGCAAGAGCAGGCAGCUACUGGCAGCACCGACCCGUCUUCGCCAAGACCCUCCGCUUUAAAGCGCUCCAGUGCCUUCGAGGAGCGUAGUGUGAGCUUCCUUGACUCAAAGGACAGCCCCUCCGGGCCGGGGCCGGUGACACCUUUGAAAGCACUUAAGCUCGAGCCAGCUGCUACGCCGUCCCCCCGGAGCGCACCCUCAGAGGCUUCCCUCGGUUCGACCCAGAAAGGCGACAGUGGUGCCAGCACUCAGGAGGGCCGCAGCUGGGAAACUGCAACGCCGGAGGAGUGGGCAACGCUCACCCAGAACUGCAGAAGGUGCUGUCACAACUACCAGCGAGCAAGCAUGGAAAUGGUCCAGGCUUGGGAGGCUGGCGGAACCGUCCGCAAGGAGUUGUUGAAACGCUGGUGGAGCAACCCCAACGUUGCAACGGUGACCGCCGAAAUCCU